GGACGUGAAAAUACCGACGUAAACACGUCCGAGGAAUGACAUUCAUUUGAAAAGCAACUCUUCAAGAACAUGAAGGAAGACAAAGAAAACACCCGACCUCGGGAGAGGAGGGUGGAAAUAAUGUGUGAAGAUUUGGAUCGGACGGAGAAGUCGAAGGAAAAGAAAGAGACCAUGACAAAGAUUGUGAUCAGAAGGCUGCCACCAAAUCUCACUAAGGAGGAGCUGGAGGAACAACUGCAACCUCUUCCCGAAGUGGACUACCUUGAGUUCUUCUCCAAUGACACCAGCCUGUAUCCUCACCUCUUUGCGAGGGCCUACAUCAACUUCAAAAACCAAGAGGAUAUCGUCCUGUUCAGAGAUCGCUUUGACGGCUACGUGUUCAUUGACAACAGAGGACAAGAGUACCCUGCCAUUGUGGAAUUUGCACCUUUUCAAAAGACAUCCAAGAAAAGAAGCAAGAAAAAGGAUACCAAGUGUGGAACCAUUAGUGACGAUCCUGAUUAUAAGAAGUUCUUGGAGUAUUACACAGGUGACAAUGAGAAGUUGACAUCCACACCUGAGACUCUGCUAGAAGAGAUUGAAGCCAGGUCGAAGGAGCUAGUAGCUAAAAGAACAACUCCCCUGCUGGAUUUUCUGAAGAAUAAACAGAGAAUCAGGGAGGAGAAGAAAGAGGAGAGAAGACGGCGGGAGCUGGAACGAAAGCGCCUCCGUGACGAGGAGCGCCGCAAGUGGCGCGAGGAGGAGCGACGUAAGCGCAAAGGAGCUGAGAAGAUUAAGAAACUGGAUAAAAUGCCAGAGAAUGAGAAGGACCAAGUCAAAGAUGAGCCAAAAAUCAAACUGCUUAAGAAGCCAGACAGAGGAGAUGAUCCCGACUUGGACAAAAGUAGGGAGAAGUUUAAAAAAACCGAGAGGCCUUGCAAAGAGGAAAGCAGAAUCUCGGACCACAAACGACGACAAAACAGUGACAGCAAGGAGGAGCGGACAAAGAAGGUUGACGAGGAAGGCUGCAAGGAGUUCAGGGAGCAUGAUGCCGAGCGCGAGCUGGAGAAGGAGCAUCAACAGAGAGAGCGAGAGCGCAUGAGGCGGCAGGAGCGACGCAGGAGGAGGGAGAGGCACGAUGGCGAGAACAUUGGUAGGAAGUGGGCAGAGGAGGAGGGGCCUUCGAAGAAGGAGAGGGAGCGGCCACUGGACAAAAAACGGCCUGACAACGCUUCAGAAUCUGACAAGAUGGAGAAGACGCCCAAAGACAACAAGAAGGACGACAGUGCCAAACGAGAACGUCUACGGAAUAAAGAUCGUCCUGCUAUCCAGUUGUACCAGCCCGGAGCAAGAAGCCGCAAUCGGCCAGCAACAGCAGCAGCAGCAGGAGGAGGAGGAGGUGGUGAAGCCAGCUCAAUGGACAGGAAGCCAGAAACCGAAAUGAAAAAAAUGGCUGACAAGGGUGACGACUGAGGAGAUUUCUACUGAGGGCUUUCUUUUCAGUUUGACGGAGGAGGAUACAGCCAGCUAAACUCGGAGUACCUUGUCGUCUCAGGGCCCACUUUCCGAUAUUUAAGGCCCACUUGUCUUUCGCGGUUGAGCCUCCCAGUGCCUUCAAGUGACUGUCUUUAGUUUCACUCCUUAGGAAAGGUAAAAAUUUGGCACAGAAACCCCCAAGUGACCUUACCUUUUCAUACUACUGGUGAAAACAUUCUGUUUUUACUUUUGCUCACACAAAUCUUCCAUGUAAACAUCAUUGACAAGCUUAUGACGUUGAUGUGUAAUAAACAGCUCUAGUUUGUAGCAGUC